AUGAUGGACUGCGUGGACGUCUCGUCCUUCUCCAUGGAGCGCAAAGAGUCGUGGGCCAAAUUGCGGACGCUGGUCUCGGGCGACGACGCCGCCGCCGCCGAGAUGCGCGCCGAGCAGCUCCUCCACGCCCAGUACCCGUACGACAGCGCGAGCCAAGAGCGCAAGUUCAACGUCAAGGAGAGCGCGACGAAGCUCAAGCGCCUUUUGAGCUCGCAGAAUUUUUCCAUGAAUGAAAAGAAGGCCAGCGUCUCGGCGCUUGUGGGCCUCCUCGAGACGCAGGCACCCGGCGGCAUUAGCCGCACGGAAGCAACUGAGCUCCUUCGCAGCCUCGGCGACGAGAUUCCCGCGGAAGAGCUCAAGCGGCUCUCGAGCUCCAACAUGUUCAAGUCGUUUAUCAUGCACGCGGACGGCAUGACGCGCAAGAAGAGCUUUGAUGUGCUGCAAGGUAUCCUCAACGCAACGUCCAACUCGGCGCUCCAGCGCCCGAUGACGUCCCAGGACAGCUUCCGCUUCAGACACUCGCCAACUGCCUCGAGUCGAUCGAGAGCGACGUCGCCAAGUACGCCGCGGAAGAAGUCGCCGAAGACGACGAAAACGAAUACGUCGUGUCCGUCGACAACCUCGACAACCUCCUCGAUGACAAGAUCGUCCAGCCCACUACAAGCCGGCGCCCGCCAACGCCCGCCCGCAGCAGCAGCAUCCGCCGCAAGCCACGCCUGCGCCAGCACCGACAUCCGCCGCCACUACGGCGCCAGCGGCAAACACGCAAGCAAGCAACCUCCUGCACUCGUCGUACGCCGCGCGAUGAGCCAGCAGCAGCCGGUGCGCGGCCUCCCGACCAACGCGGCGCGCCAGCCCAUCAACGCACAGUACCCAGGCUUGACCAUGCAACAACAGACGUCGCACAUGACGCACCCGACGAUGCACAUGUACCACGACAGCUACCGACAGCAGCAACAACAACAACAACAGCAGCAGCAGCAGCAACAGCAACUCCACGCGUCGCACUUGUCGCAGCACCCGUCCAUGCAGCAGUACGCGAUGCCGCCGCAGGCCGGUGGCUACUACACGAACGGUCCUCACAUGUACCAGCAGCAACAAGCGGCGAUGUACCAGCAGAGCAACUACGCGAUGCAAGCCGCCGCGCACCAGCACCAGCAGCAGCAACAGCAACAUCACUUGCACCAUUAUGGCCACCUCCCGUCGGCAUACGCCGGUGCGGCGGCCCCGUCGCCGGCCCAUUACGAGCAAAAGUACACUGCGCACUACGAAGCCGGCAAGUACGAGCCCAAGUACGAGCCCAAGUACGCACCGGACGCGGCUGCAAUGGCGGCACCCGGCAACCCGGCGGCGUAUGCCAAGUUUUGCAUGUCACCGGGCUGCAACAACAUUGCGCGCACCAAGGGCAUGUGCAAGGUGCACGGUGGCGGUCGUCGCUGCAAAGUCGAGGGCUGCAUGAAGAGCGCGCAGACGGGCCACCUAUGUAUCGCCCACGGCGGCGGCAAGCCGUGCCGCAUGGAAGGGUGCCCGAAGACGGCGCAGUCGCGGGGUCUCUGCAAGCAGCACGGUGGCGGCGUCCGAUGCAAGUUUGAAGGCUGCACCAAGAGCUGUCAGUCGGGCGGGUUUUGCCGCGGCCACGGCGGCGGCAAGCGUUGCGAGUUUCCCCAGUGCAAGAAGUGGGCCCAGCGCAACGGGUUCUGCGCCAAGCACGCGCAGGAGCUCGCGUCCAACCCAGCAUAG